CUUUAAUUUACUAAGAGCGGCCGCUUCAGGCCUGCAUAUAGAUUAUAGAGGAUAGUACUUGUUGUUACUGCGUGACGCUGGAGUGUCGCGUUACAAGAUGUCGACCCAGCUCCUUUCGGGCGGCGCUAAGUGCGGCUUCGGCCGUGCUGCCGCGCCCUCCUCGCAGCGCAAUGCUAUGUUUAAGCGGCCAAUCUUUGUGGGCACUGCGGCGGAGCUGGGCCUGAAGCCCUUGGCGGCCACGCGCACGCAAGCACCACGGUCACGUGGAGCACAGUCUGUGCGCUGCGCUGCUGUCACCUCGUCUCAGCCUCUGCCAUGGCAGGCGGCUAUGUCGGAGAUCAAGAAGCGCCGCGAUAUCAAGACGAUCAUGAUUAUCGGCGCCGGCCCUAUUGUCAUUGGCCAGGCUUGUGAGUUCGAUUACUCGGGAACCCAAGCAUGCAAGUCGCUAAAGAAGGAGGGCUAUCGCGUGAUCCUCCUCAACUCCAACCCAGCUACCAUCAUGACGGACCCUGGCAUGGCCGAUCGCACGUACGUCGGCCCCAUGACCCCGGAGCUGGCGGAGCAGAUUCUCGCCAAGGAGCGCCCCGAUGCCAUCCUGCCCACCAUGGGUGGUCAGACUGGCCUCAACCUCGCCAAGACCCUGGCGGAGCGCGGCAUCCUGGCCAAGUACGGCAUCGAGCUGAUCGGCGCCAAGCUGCCCUCCAUCGACCGCGCGGAGGACCGCGAGCUGUUCAAGCAGGCCAUGACGCGCAUCGGACUCAAGUGCGCCAAGUCGGCCACCGCCAACACCCUGGAGGAGGCUCUCUCCAUCGCCGCCGACAUUGGCCGCUACCCCAUCAUCGUGCGCCCCGCCUUCACGCUGGGCGGCACGGGCGGCGGCAUCGCCUACAACAUUGACGAGCUGAAGGACAUUGUGACGGGCGGGCUGACGGCGUCCAUGACGUCGCAGGUGCUGGUGGAGCAGUCGCUGCUGGGGUGGAAGGAGUUCGAGCUGGAGGUGAUGCGCGACCUGAACGACAACGUGAUGAUCGUGUGCUCCAUCGAGAACGUGGACCCCAUGGGCGUGCACACGGGUGACUCCAUCACCGUGGCCCCCGCCCAGACGCUGACCGACAAGGAGCUGCAGCGGCUGCGUGACGCCUCCAUCGCCAUCAUCCGCGAGAUGGGCGUGGAGUGCGGAGGCAGCAACGUGCAGAUGGCGGUCAACCCGGAGGAUGGUGAGAUGAUGAUCAUUGAGAUGAACCCGCGUGUCAGCCGCUCCUCUGCGCUGGCCUCCAAGGCCACCGGCUUCCCCAUCGCCAAGAUGGCUGCCAAGCUGGCGGUGGGCUACACGCUUGACCAGAUCGCCAACGACAUCACGCAGAAGACCCCCGCCUCCUUCGAGCCCUCCAUCGACUAUGUGGUCACCAAGAUCCCGCGAUUCGCUUUCGAGAAGUUCCCGGGCUCCAAGGCCGAGCUGACCACCAUGAUGAAGUCGGUGGGCGAGGUGAUGGCCAUGGGUCGCACCUGGCAGGAGUCGCUGCAGAAGGCGCUGCGCGGCAUGGAGACGGGGCUGGACGGCUGGGGGCUGCCCAAGGGCUACAAGCGCCUGCCGCGCGACCAGCUGAUGUUCAAGAUGCGGGUGCCCAACCCCGACCGCAUCGUGGCCAUGUUCCAGGCCAUGGAGGAGGGCCUGACUAACGACGAGCUGUUUGAGCUCACCAAGAUCGACCCCUGGUGGCUGGCCCAGCUGCGGGAGCUGUUCGACACCUCCAAGUGGCUGCAGACGCGGCAGCUGAGCCAGCUGAGCGGCGAGGAGAUGAGCUGGGUGAAGCAGAAGGGCUUCUCGGAUGCCCAGAUUGCGCGAUACACGGGCUCCACCAUGAUGGAGGUCCGCGCCUACCGCAAGUCACUGGGGGUGGUGCCCGCCUACAAGCGGGUGGACACCUGCGCCGCGGAGUUCGAGGCCAACACGCCGUACAUGUACAGCACGUACGACGGCAACAGCGAGUGCGCGCCCACCACCGAGCGCAAGGUGCUCAUCCUGGGAGGCGGCCCCAACCGCAUCGGGCAGGGCAUCGAGUUCGACUACUGCUGCUGCCACGCGUCCUUCUCGCUGAGGAAGCAGGGCUUCGAGACCAUCAUGAUGAACUGCAACCCGGAGACCGUGUCGACCGACUACGACACCUCCACCCGCCUCUACUUCGAGCCCAUCACGGUCGAGGACGUGCUCAACGUGAUCGAGGCGGAGCGGCCCGAGGGUGUGAUCGUGCAGUUCGGCGGACAGACGCCGCUCAAGAUUGCCAUGGACCUGGACCGGGCGCUCAAGGCCAACCCCAUCCCCGCGGCGUCGGGCAACGGCAAUGUGCGCAUCUGGGGCACCUCGCCCGAGUCCAUUGACAUUGCGGAGGACCGCGACCGCUGGAUGGAGCUGCUCACGAAGCUCAACAUCAGGCAGCCGGCGGGAGGCUCGGCAAGGUCCGAGGCCGAGGCCUUCGACAAGGCCAACAAGCUGGGCUACCCGGUCAUGAUCCGCCCCUCCUACGUGCUGGGCGGGCGGGCCAUGGAGAUCCUGUACAACAAUGAUGACCUCAAGCGCUACGUCACCUUUGCUGUGGAGGUGGACCCCGAGCGCCCCGUGCUGAUCGACAAGUACCUGGACCGCGCAGUGGAGCUGGACGUUGACGCGCUGUGCGACGUGCAGGGCAACGUGGUGAUUGCGGGCAUCAUGGAGCACAUUGAGCAGGCGGGCAUCCACUCGGGCGACUCGGCCUGCUCGCUGCCCACUCAGAACAUCAGCGCAAAGGUGCUGGAGCAGAUCAGGGCCUGGACGGUGUCGGUUGCCAAGUCGCUGGACGUGGUGGGUCUCAUCAACAUCCAGUUUGCGGUGCAGGACGAGACGCCCUACAUCAUCGAGGCCAACCCGCGUGCAUCGCGCACGGUUCCCUUCGUGGCCAAGGCGGUUGGUCACCCCAUUGCCAAGUACGCCUCGCUGCUCAUGUCGGGCAAGACGCUGGCGGAGAUUGGGUUCACCGAGGAGCCCAUCCCGCCCCACGUGGCGGUGAAGGAGGUGGUGCUGCCCUUCAACAAGUUCCCAGGUGCCGACACGCUGCUGGGUCCUGAGAUGCGCUCCACGGGCGAGGUGAUGGGCAUCGACAAGGAGUUCGCCGCCGCCUUCGCCAAGGCUCAGAUCGCUGCGGGCCAGCGGCUGCCCAAGACGGGCAAGGUGUUCCUGUCCAUGGCGGACAAGUACAAGCCGGAGAUCAUUGCAGUGGCACGGGACCUGGGCAACCUGGGCUUCGGGCUGGUGGCUACCACCGGUACCGCCCAGGCGCUGCGUGCCGCCGGAGUGCCGUGCGAGCAGGUGUUCAAGAUCCAGGAGGGGCGACCCAACCCGGCGGACCUCAUGAAGAACGGGGAGAUCACCCUGGUCAUGAUGACGUCCAGCGGCGACGAGGCCGACCUGCGUGACGGCAAGGAGCUCCGCCGCCUGGCGCUCAGCAUGUCCAUCCCCACCGUCACCACCGUGGCGGGUGCGCGCGCCACCACCGCCGCCCUGCGCGCCAUGCGGGCGGGGCCGCUGGUGCAGAUCCCGCUGCAGGACUUCUUCCCCACCUACUACGAUGACUCGCUCGAGCUCAUGCUCAAGUAAGGUAGCUGCUGCUGUUGCUCGAGAGGGCAUGUGUUGGCUGGGGGGGGGGGGGGCGCUGGCGCUCCUCCGACCUUGCUGAGUUGGGGGUACGAGGUGACCGGACUGUUGCAGCUCCCUGUGGGGGCCGCUGUCCCUGCUGUAGCGAGUCCGGUUGAAGCCUCUUGGUAGUAACCCGGCCCCCGCUUAACAGCGGGGUGCCGCUGCGCGCUUUUGCGGGCGUGCAAAUUUUGGAGUGCUGAUGUCUUGUGUUAAGACUAGCCGCGAGUCUUGUGUUUGCGUGGGUGUGUGGAUGUUGGGUUUGCGUUUCAUCCCUGGGAGAGGGGCGAGGGAGGGCGCAUGCAGCCGGUAAAGGGCUGUGCGCAGGCCACACAACGCAACAUGAUAAAGAUAUGCUGCUUCUGUAUUAGCAGCUCAGCUGUGAGUACUGAGCUGAGCUGGGCGCCGGCACUUGGUGUGUUUUAUGCUACGCUGUCCACCGCCGGCGGUAGCACUUGCCUGCCAUGAGGUGUGGUUGCGAGGAGGAGUAUUAACUGUGUGCGUGUCAGUCACCGGUAUUGCGGGGGAAGCGAAACCCCUCGUAGCGUCCGGAGGACCAGCUUAACGUUGCUUGGCGUUCAUUUCCCUGCUCAUUCUUUCCUAGGUACGCCUAAUGGUGUAUGCUGUGCAUGUGGUUAUCGUGGAUGUGGGGUGCUCGUAUCCUUCACCUUCUGUGGGGAUCUCCCAUUGUCGGGUCGGCUGAGAGCUGCGUUGUGGUGGCCGGUCUGAUGGGAAGGGGGCGUGCCCCGCACCCACCUACAGCGCGUUCCAUCCAUGUGUGUAUCUUUUCGUUUCACAUUCAUACAGCCUUGCGGGCGUCGGCGUUGGGCCUCCUUUGAGGCCACAUAGCCUGGUUUGUCACUCAAUCGGCAGUUUAGAGAAGAACAAAGGUGCGGUCCCAUUUUUCGGCCGUACGGUGCGUGGGGUAGAGAAAGGGCAGUUAAGGAGGAGGCAGGUGGUGGUACGGGUGUUUAAACCCUAGAAAUUAACCGGGUUCUGUAAUGGCAGGACUCGUG